UAUUCACGUUCAAGUUGACCACAUGUUUAUUUAUAGUGAAAAAAUAUUUUUUAAUUAAUAAUUUAUAGUGUUAAAACAUAUAAUAGCAAUAUUAAGAGGUAUGGCACGUCCUAAAGUCGAUACGUUUAUCGACAAAUUCGAUGCAUUUACACAGAAACCGGUAAAUUACCUUACCGUUCAAGAUGAUUUAAAAGAGAAUAUUAAAAAUUUGGUAAAAUCUCUGUAUGACUACACAAAAUUGGAGGAGGGCAAGUAUAGAGGUAAGAAGCAAGGUGCCUUAAAAAGAUUAAUGAUCCAAGAUUUUGAUGAAGAACAGAUAUGGCAGCAAAUUGAACUUCAAAAUGGUGAAUGUUGUGAAAAACUUACAUGGGAAGUAGCUGAUGUUGUUUCCAAUAAAGAUGAUCUAACAUUUCCUGUAACUGUUCAUCGAGAAUCUGAAGAGGAAAUCAUAGAUAAUGUAAGUGAAGAUGAAACAAUGGACCAGGAAACUUCAGAAAAUGACAUUAACGUUAAAAUACUACAAUUGGAUAAACCAAAGAAGGUUAAGAAAAAUAAAGUUAAACAGUCUGUAGUGGAUGAUGAUUUCUUCAAGUUAAGGGAUAUGGAGCAUUUUUUGAUUAAUGAAGAAAAGAGGGAUGGUUCUAAAACUAAAAAAGGCAUAUUGGAAGACAGUGACGAAGAAUCAAUAGAUUUGUUUGAAGAUAUUGAUGAUCGGGACCUGGAUGAGGAAGAAGGUGGUAAGGAUAUGAUGUACUCUGAUUUCUUUGAUGGGGACAAUGAGAAGGAGGAUGAUGAAAAUAUGGAAUCUGAUGAGAAUGACUCGCUUGAAACCAAUAAAAAUAUUGCUGUUAAUGGAAUAAAUAAUGAUGAUGAUGACGAGGAUGUUGAUGAUGAGGGUAAUGAUGAUGAGAAUGAUGAUGAUGAAAUAAGUAAUGAUAAUGAGAUAGGUGAUAAUGGUGAUAAAAUGGAAGAUGAAAAGAUCAACAAUCUAGUAAAUGGGAAAUCAAACAAUGAAAGAAAGUCUGAAUUUGAGCAAAGACAAGAUCGUUUACAGCAAACAAUAAGUCGAUUAGAGGGAAAGGUAUUAAAGGAAGCUCCAUGGCAACUCAAAGGUGAAGUGGAUGCAUCAAAGCGACCCCUAAACUCAUUGUUAGAAGAGGUAGUAGACUUUGAUUUAACAAGUCGACCAGCUCCAAUAAUAACUGAGCAAACUACAGUAACUCUAGAAGAUAUUAUAAUGCGUAGAAUCAAAGAUAAAGCUUGGGAUGAUGUAGUAAAAAAAGAAAAGCCUGUUGAUGAUCAAUUGUCAUUCCGUAAAAAUGAAGUACUAGAUCAAUCUAAAAGCAAACUGAGUUUAGCUCAAGUGUAUGAAGCUGAGUAUUUGAAGCAGAAGCAGGCUGCAUCAGGUGAAGUGGUAGAAGAACAGGAACCAGAAAGUCACACUGAAAUUAAAGAUGCAAUGACUAAGUUGUUUUCAAAGUUAGAUGCUCUGUGCCAUUACCAUUAUACACCAAAACUACCACAGGUAGAAGUUAAAAUUGUUAGUAAUACCCCAGCCAUCACAAUGGAGGAGGUGGCCCCAGUAGCUACCAGUGAUGCUGCACUAUUAGCUCCAGAAGAAAUUAAGAAAAAGCAAAGAGGAGAGUUUAUGAGUAAAGAGGAAAGAAGUCAAACAGAUAAGAAUAGAGAGAGAAGGAAAAAGAAAAAGUUACAGAGACAAAAAGGCACAGUUAAGAAAGUGACAGAGCACAGGAACACAAAGAAGGGUGUGGAGGCUAAUGAUAAAGCACUGAAGACUUCAAAGGCUUUCUUCCAGCAACUAAAUGACAAUUCAACUGGUUUAAUUAAAAACUCUCAUGCAAUUAAGAGUAAAAAAAAUAAAGGACAGUAAUGUGUUGUAAAUAAACUUGUUGUUAAAUAU